AUGCAUAUUGCGUGGACUGUCAACUUUCGUCUCAAACUACCGAGUUUCGCAAAGAAUAAUCUCCCAGGCGUCAAAACUCUGCUCGAUCUAGCUGUAGCGGCUCCACGGGCUCGAUGUCCCCGUUUCGUUUAUUGCUCUUCCACUGCAUCGAUCAUCAGUGCCACAGCGGACCAACCCGGAGGCCUUCCAGAACAUGUAACCGAGGGCCCUUCAUUUGCAUCCCCGCUUGGUUAUGCACGCUCCAAGUGGGUUGCUGAGCAGAUUUGCUUAGAAGCUCAUCGUCAAACUGCCCUCAAAGGCCGCAUCGCGGUGCCUUCCUCGAAGCGGCUAAGGACCAACACGAACGACGAUGAAAUGUAUGUUUAUCAUGUCCUGAAUCCGCAUCAACAGCCGAUGUGGCAUGCCAUGCUACAGUGGCUCAAGAAGAAAGAAGACUUCGACAUCGUUUCUCCGCAAGAGUGGGUCAACAGUCUGGAGAAUUCGGGCCUCACUGAACACUCAGCCAUGAAGCUUCUUGGCCUUUGGAAGGAGACCUAUUGUGAUGCGACUCAGGAGAAGAAGCCUAGGCCACAGUUCUCGAUGGUGGAGACCGUCAAGCCAGUUCGUGCCUUAAGGGACAUUCCGCCUGUGGGCGGGGCCUGCAUGGGCAAGAUUUGGGAUUGGGUGCAAGCAAAUGUGCACUAA